AUGGGUUCGCAAAUCCCAGACAGAUUCGACUUCGUCGUUGUCGGUGCUGGUCCCGCUGGCGCAAUCCUCGCCUCGCGACUCGCGCGAAGCAACAAAAGGCCCUCGGUCCUUCUCGUUGAAGCUGGGGGAAGGAACGAGUCUAAGGCUCUGCGUGCUGACGCGGAGAGAUGGCUUCACCGGAUGGUACCUGGUUUGAACUGGGGUUAUCAGACAGCCCCGGUUGAGGGAUUUGAUCGGAGAGUAAUAUCCUACGACCGCGGCAAAGGUCUCGGUGGAAGCUCCGCCAUCAACUUUUCCGUCUGGACGGUUGGCCCGAAAGAUGAUUACGAUGAGCUGGCACGGCUCGUCGAUGAUGAGGAAUGGAGAUGGACGAACGUGCAAGAACGAUACAAGAGGAUCGAAAAUUACCACGGAGAGGCUGGAGAUGAUGUAGACGACAUCAAACACUAUCGCGACGUUGACCCAAAGAACCAUGGCUACGAUGGACCGAUCAACGUUGGUUUCCCGAAGGUCUGGGAGCCUCAGGGCAAAGAGAUGAUGGACAUCUGGUAUGCCAAUGGUGCCAAACGAAAUCUAGACCACAACUCAGGCGAUCCGAUUGGUCUUGCAUUAUGCUUCUCAACGGCAUACAAAGGUGUGAGGUCCACAUCAGCCGAUGCCUUGGUCGAUGCGCCCAGCAAUCUGCACAUUCUGGUCGAUACGCAGGUGGCACGUGUGGUGUUCGAGGGGACGAAGGCCAGCGGCGUCAGCACCAUUGACGGGCGGACGAUUCAUGCGGACAAGGAGGUCAUCCUCUGCGCCGGCUCCCUCGAUACCCCGAGGAUCCUGCUGCACUCCGGUAUCGGUCCUGCUGACCAGCUCAAAGCUUUCAAUAUCCCGGUCGUGAAGGCCAAUGACAAUGUCGGAGCACACUUUAAAGAUCACCAUCAUAUCACGAUCCCAGCCAUCCGGGCAAACCCUGCAGACGAAAGGACCAAAUUCUACAAGAGCAAGGAGUUACAAGCAGCCGCUCGGGCUUUGUGGGAGAAAGAUGGCAACGGACCACUGUCCGAAUAUGCUACCACACUUGGCAUUGGCUAUGAAAAGAUUGACCAUAUAACUGAUCUGCAAGAGUUCCAAGAGCUACCCAAGGAAGAGCAAGAUCACCUACUGGCGCCCACGGUGCCGCAUUAUGAAUACUUACUGAACGGCCCCUGGGUACCGCACUUCAUCGACCCGGAGAACGCUGAGACUGGAGUGAGCAUCUUCGUGUUCGUGCUCAACCAGAAAUCGACUGGCUCCGUGCGCCUCCAGUCGUCUGAUCCCACACAACCACUUAUCUUCGACCCUAACUGGUUCUCUCAUCCCUACGACAGAAUGGUGGCCGUGGAGGCUACCCGGAAGGUUCUGAAGAUCAUGAACAGCCCCCAAUUCCACAACGGCACCGUGACCAUCGAUGGACCCAAGAGUGACUCAGAGGAAGAUAUCCUGGCGUAUUGGCGGGGUCGCAGCGAGUCGACAUGGCACAUGAUGGGAAGCGCACGCAUGGGCAAGGACGAAGGCAGUGCCGUGGUGGAUAGGAACUUCAAGGUCUUUGGAGUGGAGCAGCUCAGAGUCGCCGACAUGAGCGUCAUCCCGAUUGUCUCAAACAACCAUACUCAGACCACCGCGUACCUCACCGGCCUCACGGCAGCAGACAAGCUUGUUCGAGAAUACGGGCUCGACGAGUAG